AUGGCGCAAAAAUACCUUGGAAAGAUCCUGGGUGACGAGACAAAGAAGACUGAAUCAAGCACUGCCUCUGAUGACGGUGCGUUUCAUCAAUUUGACAACUAUCCCCUUUAGCACUUUCAAUAUGCCAAUCCGAUGGUACCUGGUCUCCGUGGGCUAAUUCCAGUUUCUCAGACUUCGCUGAUUUCGCGACCCCAUCUCCUGCGACUCUAUCCCCGGCGCCAGAGUUUGCUGCUGCCUCGCCUUUGACACCCAUCAGCGCCCCCUCGACUCCCACUGGUGCUCCGAUUAGGUUUGAUGGUCCUUGGUACGCUCUCUGGGAGCGUCACUCGCUUGACGAAUUCCAGUUCGAGGGUUACAUUCUUCUCCUUCUCUUCGGUAUACUCGGUUGGCAUUUCUGGGGAACCCGCCGAAAUCGCGCCAUCGCCAAUAAGUUCUUCAGCAGCAUGAGUCCUGUCCUAAGUCAGGAGUUUUCAUAUGUUGGUUUUGAUCCUUAUGGUCGAGCAAAUACCGAACAACCUGUUACUGCCGAUUACGCCUUGAAAGAAAACCAUCCUCUCGAGUUUGUCGCCUAUGCUUCUGGAAGACAAAAUGUUGCGUUUAUGCACACCACCAUCAAGCUUCAACGUAGGUCGAAUCCAAUCAUUUGGUUCGGAGAGCACCUUUUCGCGUUCUUCUUUGAAAGCGUGCCAACCCCUACCGAUAAUGCUACUAUCACGAUUUCCCCUUUCGAUGGUCAAGAUGCUGGAAAGGGUGGUCCGAACUCUAAGUAUGAUAACUUUGUCUGGGCCUUGGUUAAUAAGAAUCAAAUGAAGAGGUGGAGAGAGGAUCGUUAUGACCUCUCACUUACCAGGACCUCCGAUUGGGAUGGGCUCCCGAACUGGUUAGCUGUUAUGAGUGAGAACAAGGAGAUCGGAGACACCGUCCUGACGAAGGAAUUGAAGGAGGCCGUUGUAGAUUGCCCGGAUAUUCUUGAAUACUUGAUUGUUAGCGAUCAGCCUAUCGAUAAGCCCACCACGUACGUUACUUCUCUCCUGUGUGGCGACCUCUGCUAAUAUCUUCUAGCCCUGCCGAAACAGUUCCAAAAAAACGCGUUACUCUCCAGGUCAAUAUCCCAUCAGAUAUGGCUCCCACCGCUUUGCCCAAACUCCUCCAGGCAUUCAUUCGCUUGGUUGAUCAUCUCGCAGCAGUUGCUCACUUCCGCCCUGAGGUUCUCCGAAAGGUUAAGGCCGUUCGCGAAGAAGAGGCUAAGAAACUCCAGAAGCAGGUCGAUGAGGAAAAGGCCGAAGAGCGGCAGCUUAAGAGAGACGAGGAUAAAAAACUCGAAAGAGAGAAGAAGCUUCGUGGAAUGAGUGCCGAGGAACAGAAAAAGUUCCUUGAAAGAGAGCGGGAGAAGGAAACCCGCAAGGCGAUGAAGAAGCAGACUAAGAAAUAGUCUUGGGCUUUAGUUUUUCGACUUUUUUACUUGCUCGUUUUUGUUGUUCAUCUGGCGUAAUGUAAAAAAAAGAGUCCGGGGCAAUAGGUUUUCGAGGAAAUGGUGUGAGGGGUGAUGGAAUGGACACAUGUUGCAUGAAUGGGCACCUGGGCAUUGGACUUUGAAUUCUAUAUGGUGCGUUCAUGUGCACAGAUAAUUUGUCGUACAUUUGUUCAAUCACUGUGUUUAGGUGCUUGUUGUCUAUAACAAGUAGGCCAGGUUUGGCUAGGAAAAGGGGGCGUUGGGAACACUCGAACAUGGAGAUAUUCCGAAGGUUAAAAAUAAUAUUGAGUACCUAUUUCGCUAUCGGAUCCGGUGAUCUUCGAAUCUAAACCUG